GAAAAACAGCCACCAGCAGCAGCCGGCAAAACGGGAAAAAGGCUAAACGGCUAACCGGCCUGACGCCCUCCCCCUUCCCCUUUCCCUUGUGGUGAGAAGACGCUGAGAAAAUGUUUUACGCCCACUUUGUCCUCAGCAAACGUGGGCCGCUGGCCAAGAUCUGGCUGGCGGCCCACUGGGACAAGAAGCUGACCAAAGCACAUGUGUUUGAGUGUAAUCUGGAGAGCAGCGUGGAGAGCAUCAUCUCACCCAAGGUGAAAAUGGCUUUACGAACAUCAGGGCAUCUGCUGCUGGGGGUGGUUAGGAUCUACCACAGGAAGGCCAAGUACCUGCUGGCAGACUGUAACGAGGCCUUCAUCAAGAUCAAGAUGGCAUUUAGACCAGGUGUGGUGGAUCUUCCAGAGGAGAACAGAGAAGCAGCCUACAACGCUAUCACUCUUCCUGAGGAGUUCCACGAUUUUGACCAGCCACUACCAGACCUCGAUGACAUUGACGUGGCUCAGCAGUUCAACUUGAACCAGAGCAGAGUGGAGGAGAUCACAAUGAGAGAGGAGGUGGGCAACCUCAACCUGCUGCAGGACAAUGACUUCGCUGACUUCGGGAUGGACGACCGGGAGAUGAUGCGGGAGGAGAGUGCGUUCGAGGUGGACAUCAUGGGAACAUCAGCUUCCAACCUGCUGCUGGAGGCUGAAGGAGGAACUAACCCGAUGGCUGAUAAGUCCAACCACCUGGAGUACGAUGACCAGUACAAGGAUGACUUCGGAGACAACCCCAUGGAGAGUAAUGAGGGAGGCAUGCUGGUGGACAAGCUGCUUAGUAACGAGGAUGGCGGCGGCAUCUUUGACGAUCCUCCCGCCAUCACAGAGAGUGUGAUGAUGCCUCAGGACCACGGAGACGAUGAUGAUGACUUUGAUGCCCUCUCCGCGGGAGCCCCAGACAGUCCAGACUCAGGCCCAACAGAGCCUCUACCAGCCAUGGCGGACCAGGCAGAACAGACAACCCUGGUUCACAAUGAAGAAGAAACCUUUGCUCUGGAGCCCAUUGACAUCACAGUAAAGGAGACCAAGGCGAAGCGUAAGAGGAAACUGAUUGUGGACAGCGUGAAGGAGUUGGACAGUAAAACCAUCCGUGCACAGCUGUCUGACUACUCUGACAUCGUCACCACCCUGGACCUGGCGCCUCCCACCAAGAAGCUGAUGAUGUGGAAGGAGACCGGAGGAGUCGAGAAGCUUUUCUCGCUGCCUGCUCAGCCUCUCUGGAACAUUAGGCUGCUCAAGAUGUUUACAAGGUGUCUGACACCGCUGGUGCCAGACGAGCUGAGGAAGAGGAGGAAAGGUGGAGAGGCUGACAGUCUGGAUGAGUUCCUCAAAGAUCUGGAGAACCCAGAGGUGCCCAGAGAGGAAACCACAGGCCACCAGCAGAGAGACAUCAUGGACCAGACCAUAAUGGAGGAGGCGAGUGCACUUCAGACGUCAGCUGUGGAGGGAAGCAGGACGACGCUGGAUGAAUCAGUCAUGCCCCCACCAUCUUCCCAACGAGGCCUGAAACGCAAAUCCCAGGACACAGAGCCAGCCCUGCCUAUGGGAGCUUUGGACCAGCAACAACAACAGCAGCAGCAGCAGCAGCAGCAGCAGCAGCAGCAGCAGGGGUCCAGAGCCUGUAAUGUGUCCCAGCAGCUGGAGGCGUCGUCCAAUGUGGAAUUACCCCCAGAGGAAACCACCGCUAACAUCAGCCAGCUGAUAGAGUUGGACCUGCUCGCCGAUAAGGACAAGAAAAAGAACGAUGAUGACUCUGAUGAAGAGGAGGAGGAGGCGCAGGGAGGCGACCAGGACCAGGAGGAGAGGAGGUGGAACAAGAGAACCCAGCAGAUGCUUCAUGGCCUACAGAGGGUGAUGGCCAAAACAGGCGCCCAGUCGGUCAGCCUGCUGGACCUGUGCAGGAACAACAACAGGAAGCAGGCAGCAGCCAAGUUCUACAGCUUCCUGGUACUGAAGAAGCAGCAGGCGGUGGAGCUCGUCCAGGAGGAGCCUUACAGCGACAUCAUAGCUACACCCGGACCUCGCUUCCACAUCAUCUAGGAAAAAAAAUACUCUCCUGUGUACCCCUUACAUUUAGGUUGGAAGACAAUUGUGUGUUUACACAGCGGCAAAUCAAUCAACCGUGUUACUUGUAGACUCAUCUCUCCCACUACAGCGGGGAAAAAAAAAAGAAGAUCUUAUCUGAUAGGUUCUCAUGUACACAGCCAAAAGGAGCAUGCACUAUAUCCAGUUUCUGCAAGAGUACAAUAUAACAGUUAACAGUAGUGAUUUGCAGACUCGGACCAGGAAUGCAUCAUUACACACGUGUAGUGUAGCACUUUAAGCAGUUGUUUUUGCAAAUGCUUUGCCCACAUCAGACUGUUUACGCCUCACAAGAGUCAGCAAAACUACAAUUGUGUCCCAAAUCUGUACAACACACUGACUCUAAGCAGGAUCUGAGUAUGAAGUAUGUUCAGACUAUGCAUACCAAAACACAUUAGAUUUUUGAGUGCACUGUUAUUCUCCUAUAAUGCAAUUCACACAGGAAAUGGAGAAGUUUCUUACAGCUAGAAAAUCAAAUUUGAAUCUAAUUGUGGAUGAUGGUGAAAUAGCACUACAACAUAUGAUAAAACAUAAAAAGUUCCUAAUACUGGAUAAUGGAAAAACUUUGUCUCUUUGUUUAAUCAGCAGUGUCAUUCUGAAGUCAGUUGGAGUCACGUCUGAUGACACUUAGUAUCACUUCCUGUAAGGAUAAAAUGGUUAAGAUGAUUUCUGGCCAAAAAAAAAAUACUGUGAAGAUUAGUAUAUAGUGUGUAGUAUUGAAUUGGGACACAUUUUAUAAAAAAAAUAUCUUCAAUUUUAACCUAUAGAUAAUGUAAACAUCAGUGGUCUGCCAUAUGUGCAUGCUCUAUCCUGUAAUAUUUUACUAGAGUGGAAUUGCUCCAGGAACUACUUUUUAUUGCCGUCUUGCUCUUUAACUCUUAAAAUGACUUGAAGUAUGUGACACACAGACUUCUUUUAUCCAAUGUCCCUUUUAUAUAUUGAUAAUCAUUUAGUUACUGAGUGACAUACAGUAAUAUAUUGUCUUGAUAAUGAAGACUAUUCAGCUGUUGUGGUGUAAUACUGUUCCACAGUAACCUUUGACAGUGUAAAUCAAAUAGAUACUCUGUUCAAUAUUCAUUUAAUGUUAUAACAUAUAACAGUUGUAGAGAAAUGAAUUGUUUUUUUAUUUAAAAGUAAAAUGGAUUUUUAAUCUAAAUGACGUGGAAACCUGAAACAUGAUCAAGAGAAGUCUGAAUGAACACAUGUGGGAUGUGCGUCAUUGUUUGGACUCUAAACUCAUCGUACGACAAAAAUACAACAGAACUAAUCUAGCAGAAAAAAUGAAUCACACAGUGUACAGUAUAGUAAGUCAUUGUGACCACACUUCUUUCUGUGCUUCUGCGAAGACAGCUGAAUGCAUUGUUUUUGAUAUCCACUUCCAUAUAAACUGUU